AUGAAUGGUCGCAAUGGCCCAUUGUCACCAGUUUCUGCAGUAGGCAGUGAAUGGUCAGGCAUCUCACAAUACAAGAACCUCGACGAACCGCAGUACGGUCCGCUCUCGAAUAAUCGCGGACAACUCGCCUCACCGCCCAUAUCCAGUGGAUCUAACGGUACGAUGAAUGGGGGAGGGUUUCCACCAAGAGGCUCUUCCGGGAGCCCUGGCGGACCUUCACCUCCAGCUUCUAUCGCGCGAUCGAGCGUGGGAACCGGGUUAUAUGCCACGAGCGAGAGUGGAAGGAGUGCGAAGGACGCCCAAUUCGAAGCUUCACUUUCGGAGCAUUAUGUCGCUCUUAAGAGAUAUCUAGCGGCGUCAUUGCGGGACGAGAAAGGGAAUCCACGACCGAAUAGAGCGCGGGACAAGCUGCUACGAUUGUCGCCAGUACAAUUUCAAGAACUUAGUACAGAUGUUUUCGACGAACUUCUGCGUAGACAGCAGGGAGGACGAAGGAAUCCAAAUGGCCCACCACCAGAAGGCGGACCACCUCCAUAUCUAUUACCAAAGGACACUUUCCACCCUAAGCGAAAUCAGGCAAGACAGAAGCUUUCCACGUUACCUCCCCCUCGUUUUCGAGAUCUUGCGACGGACGUCUUUUAUGAGUUAGAGAGGAGGUUUCCAAGGUUUGCUGCUGGUGAUAUUAGUCGUAUGGGGAGUCCUGCUUCAUUGCGCGGGCCGCCCAGUAGAAGUGGUAACGGCACGCCUGUGAAUGGCGUACCAAGAAUGCGCAGACCUUCUGACGCAAGUUCUGUGGCUGGUUACUCGAUGAGAAGUGAGUCAAGAAAUGGACCGCGGCCUGGCAUGAAUAGUGGGUUAGGAAUACCGCCAUCACCCGGAUUACCACCUAAUGAUUAUGGUCGCCCGACACCUAAGACAUUUCAAAGUAACACACUAGUACCAAACAAAAGUACGAUGGUAGAAGACGACGAGACUGGCGGCGAGGAAGAUGAUGAUGGCGACGCUUUUGGGCUUGAGAAUGCUGCUAGAGAACGAGACAGCAAAAAGAGCCCGAGUAGUUCAGAGACCGACAAGAAGCUCAUAGAGGACUAUCAGUCACAAGUAGCAGAAUUACGUGAAAAGCUUGACACUAUGGAAGACACAUUGAAAAGGAAAGAUGAUGAGUUGAAUGGCGCCUUGAAUACGGAGAGAUCUCGCGCAGCGACUCUGACUACCAAAGAAAGAGAAUUUUCGGAAUUGCGGAUAAGCCUGGAAAGUAAGCUUGCUGAUGCACAAAACCUAAAUAGCAACCUUCAGUCAGAGAUAGAUCGGUUGAGGGCCGAGCAGGCAAACAACGAGCGUGAUCUACGGACGGAGCUGGAGGAGCUCAGAGCAAAUGGAGGGAACCGGGGACUUGAUAAUAAUGCCGAAGAAUUGGAGCGCGAAAAUCAGGAGCUUCGCGCGGAACUUGAUGAGCAGCAGCGUGUUACAGAUGAGGUUCGGCAAGAGGCGCAGGAGUUCCUCCGUGAAAUGCGCAUGCUCUCUGAACGAAGCGGAUCGUCUUAUGAGAAAGAGGAGCAGCUCACAAAUACUAUUCAUAAGCUGGAAGAAGAGGUCAGAGACUGGAGAAAUCGGUACGCCAGGACGAAAACACAACUACGAACUAUGCGUGCUGGUUCGAUUGGCCUCACCAUACAGCCGGACGUGGCCAAAUUCAUUCAAGACAGCGGUUUCACGGAAGAAAACGGAUUAGUGAAAGAUGUUCAUGUCACUAAAUUUCAGAUAUCGAUAGACGAGCUUCUACGAGUUGCGCGUACCGAGGAACCCGCGAAAGUCAUCGAUUUCAUGAAAAUAGCUGUGGUCAAUGUUCGGAACAUCACUCAAGACAUAGACCAAGCUCAGCCCGCCACCAACGAAAUGGCACAACUUCAGGCAAAGCUGAAGGCCAGAGUAUCAGCCACCGCGAACAACUUGAUUACCGCCUCGAAGAAUUUCGCUUCUGCAAACGGCCUUUCUCCCGUUUCCAUCCUUGAUGCUGCUGUCUCACAUUUAACAGCAUCCGUUGUCGAGCUUGUUCGUACUGUCAAGAUCAGACCAACACCAGUCGGUGAACUUGAGGAUGACGAUGACGGAAAUUUAGACCCAGUUGACAGUACUGGUUUCUUCCCAGUCCGAGACCCAAAUGCUAGACAGGAAAACAAUCCACCCCCAUUUCAAGGUCUGCGAAACGGACGGAUGAGCGCUGAGUCUUCCAUGUACAGCCCUCUCAACUCACCGCGCGAGUCCGCCAUGUCUCGACCAAAGAGCUCAAAGGCUACUCCCUUGGUCACUCCUUUGGCGAACGGGUUCAUGAAUGGCAAUAAAAUGCCACCUCCGGCACCAAUGGGGACAGGGUUUGGCAUUAGAACUCAAGACACUGAUGUCGAAGACUUGAAGAUCUACCUGGAAGAUCAGACUGCUUCUUUGGUUCAGAACAUUCAGUCACUUGUCACCUCUAUCCGAUCCGAUGCGGGCAUCAAAGUCAUUUCGGGACAAAUUAAAGCCAUUGCUGAAAAUGUAGGCAAUGUUGUUUCCUCUACCGAGGAAGCGAUGUCUUCUACGGGAAAUGGCCCAUUAAGGUCACAAAGUGAACCGGUUUUGAAAAAGCUAUCAAGCUGCAGAGAACGUCUAUUGCAAGCAGGUGAGACCGGCCAGUCAAUCGCAAACGCGGGCCGAGAUGACGAGGAGGGAGAGAGAGCUUGGAGAGCUUGGAAUCAGUCUUUGCCACCUCUUGCGUUCGAAAUUGCGCGUGAAACCAAGGAGUUGGUCUUGCGAGUUGAUGUUAUCGAUGGCGAGCAACAAGGCCGCCCUGAUGGAACCGAAGAUUACUCAUGA